AGAAUCAACCUGCCAGCUAAGAGGAUGCAUGCCCAAGUCUCGGGCAUUACGAAUGCAACCUCUGCGCAGGUCAAAGAGGCAUGCAGCAUAGAACUUCGAUCCCCAGUUGAUCCAUUGUUCAGCCUGCAUGCAACGGUGCUCGUCCUAACAAAACUAACCGGAAAUCUACCAUCCUGUCAUAUCAGCGCCAUGACUAUGCAGACAUUUCCAGGUCUUGUUCUAGCUGAUAAACGGUUCUACGUUAAUGAAGAAGUAGACCUCGUACUUGGCGGAGAUAUUUAUCCCCAAAUUAUUUUAUGCGGCCUGAAGAAAAAUGUACUCAGUACACUUCUCGCCCAAGAAACCGUGUUCGGUUGGAUAUUAACCGGUUGCACAGAUGCACCCAAUCCAACCAACAAUAUAGUUUCGUAUCACAGUGAAGUUGCCUUGGACAAACAACUUACUGCAUUCUGGGAACUAGAAGACAUACCAAAAAACAAAAGCUUGAACGAGGACGACAAAUACUGUGAUGAACUUUAUCGGAAGACAACUCGUAGACGAGAAGACGGAAAAUACGUAGUCUCGCUACCAUUUAGGCAGGAAUUUCCCGCAAACAUCUGCCUAGGCCCUUCUCUUAAAAAAGCAUGCUCUCAGUUCUUCCGGAAUGAGACACGGCUUGCAAAGGAUACCAUCCUACAAAAAGAGUAUAAUAGGGUACUAGCUGAAUAUGAAUCACUAGGACACAUGUCCAGAAUAAAUGAUAGUAUUUCAGCAGACUCUUCCGAUAACUACUUUCUGCCUCACCACGCUGUCAUAAAGGCAGAAAGUACCUCCACCAAAGUUCGAGUCGUCUUUAAUGCCUCAAGUCCAACGGCUAAUGGCACAAGUCUGAACGAUGUACUUCUCCCAGGUCCAGUUCUCCAAGCAGAUCUUCCGAUCCUUAUACUCCGCUGGAGGUUAUACAGAUACGUUUUUAAUAGUGACAUCGAGAAGAUGUACCGACAAAUUUGGGUGGAUAGCAACCAUACCAAAUAUCAGCGGAUAGUUUUCCGUACAAACCCGAACGAACCUGUAAGUCUAUACGUAUUAAAGACUGUCACUUUCGGGAUUAAUUGUGCUCCUCACCCCGCGAUAAGGACCAUUUUACAACUGGCUGACGAUGUAGAAAGUUCUUCCCCAAUAGCAUCUAAGAUUAGGACUUCUAACCUUGACAAAGACAUAUUCUAG